CCAGUGGGCAGCGGGAGAGGGGUCGGGCCAGCGGGCUGCGAAGGAAGGUCUGCGGCACCGAGUUCCUUCCGAGCGUCGUCGCACCCGGAAGUGUGGCAAGACAUCAGUCGCACCCGGAAGUGUGAUGCUUCCGAGGCCACGGGAAGUGAUGGUGCCCGGCCAGUUGAGAUACCGGGUUAAAACAGAUGUUUAGGGAUGUGCAGAUGGAGGCCGGAGGAGACACGGCUGCCCCAGCCCCCGGGGACGCAGAGGACUUGGAGGACACGCGGCUCCUCAGUGAGGAGGCUGGAGACGGUGGAGGGGUUCAGGAGGACCCCACAGAUUCCGAAGACCGGAGCCUGGAGGAAACAGGAUCCCAGACCAAGGACCAGCCAGCCAGCCUGCUGUCACCACUGCCCCAGUCAGAGUCCCCUUCAUGUACCCGUGGGCUCUGGGAUCCUGCAGCCUCUGAGAAUAAUGCCAUGGGUGACUCUGAGAGUGGCUCCGGGGGCCAGGGCGGAGAUCCAAGUGACGAGGACUGGCGCAGCAAGCGAAAGCACGUGUUUGUACUGAGUGAGGCAGGCAAGCCCAUCUACUCGAGGUAUGGUAGUGUGGAGGCACUGUCGACUACCAUGGGUGUGAUGACAGCUCUCGUGUCUUUCGUGCAGAGUGCAGGAGAUACCAUCCGCGCCAUCUAUGCUGAGGACCACAAGCUGGUGUUCCUACAGCAGGGCCCACUGCUGCUGGUGGCUGUGUCAAGGACUCCUCAGUCAGCAGCCCAGCUGCGGGAGGAGCUGCUAGCUGUGCACGCACAGAUCGUGAGUACACUGACACGUGCAAGUGUGGCCCGCAUCUUCGCCCGUAAGCAGAACUACGACCUCCGCCGCCUGCUAGCUGGCUCCGAGCGCACCCUAGACCGGCUUCUGGACAGUGUGGAGCGGGACCCAGGUGCCCUGCUCCUGGGUGCCGUGCGCUGUGUGCCCCUCACUCGCCCUCUGCGGGAAGCACUGGGUACACUGCUCCGACGUUGCACAGCACCUGGCCUGGCACUGUCCGUGCUGGCGGUAGGUGGUCAACUGGUGACAGCAGCCCAGGAGCGGAAUGUGUUGGCUGAGUGCCGGCUGGAUCCAGCUGACCUGCAAUUGCUGCUCAACUGGGUCAGUGCACCUGCCUUUGCAGCAGGAGAAGCGUGGGCACCUGUGUGCCUGCCCCGCUUCAACCCAGAUGGUUUCUUCUAUGCCUAUGUGGCCCGCCUGGACGCCAUGCCUGUCUGCCUGCUGCUGCUUGGCACUGACCCGGAGGCCUUCCAUGACAUGGCCACCUGCCGGCGCCUGGUGGAAGACGGCAUGCACACGCUUGGUGCCAUGCGUAACCUUGGGGAGGCUGCCAGUUUCUCUAAUGCCCCAUCAGCCACUGCCCCAUCCUACAGUGUGCAGGCUGUGGGAGCACCUGGCCUUCGGCACUUCCUCUAUAAACCACUGGACAUCCCCGACCAUCACCGCCAGCUGCCUCAGUUUACCAGCCCUGAGCUAGAGGCCCCGUACAGCAGAGAGGAGGAACAGCAGCGCCUAUCGGACCUGUACCACCGCCUGCAUGCUCGCCUCCAUAGUACCUCCCGGCCUCUGCGCCUCAUUUACCACGUGGCUGAGAAGGAGACGCUGCUGGCCUGGGUGACCUCCAAAUUUGAGCUCUAUACCUGCCUCAGCCCCCUGGUGACCAAGGCAGGUGCCAUCUUGGUAGUGACCAAACUCCUACGCUGGGUGAAGAAAGAGGAAGAUCGACUUUUCAUUCGUUAUCCACCCAAGUACUCUACACCUCCAGCAGCCUCAUCUGCCUCUACGGACCAAGCUUCCCAUAAUGGCUUGUUCACUGGAUCCUGAGAGGC